CCCCACGUGCGCCACAGCAAUGGCGGCCCCCGUGAGGGCCGGGAGCGCGGCCCCGGUGCCCGCCAGAGCCCGAGCCCCCGCGCGACACGUUGCCCAGCAGAUCCCCGAGGAGAUCCUUGGAAACUCAGAGCUGCAGGAGGCGGCAAAGGCCCUGCCCCCAAACUACAACUUCGAGAUCCCCAAGACCAUCUGGCGGAUCCGGCAGGCUCAGGCCAGGAAGGUGGCCCUGCAGAUGCCAGAAGGGCUCCUCAUGUUCGCCUGCACCAUCGCGGACAUCAUUGAGCGGUUCACGGAAGCGGAGGCCGUGGUGAUGGGCGAUGUGACCUACGGCGCGUGCUGCGUGGAUGACUACACGGCCCGGGCCCUGGGCGCUGACUUCUUGGUGCACUAUGGACACAGCUGCCUAAUUCCCAUCGACUCCACUCAGGGUCUGAAGAUGCUCUAUGUGUUCGUGGACAUAAAGAUCGAUGCAUCCCAUUUCCUUGAGACCAUUCGCUUCAACUUCGCGGCGGGCACCUCCCUGGCCCUCGUCAGCACCAUCCAGUUUGUCUCCACGCUGCAGGCAGCGUCACAGGAGCUGCGCUCCCAGUACAAGGUGUGUGUUCCCCAGUGCAAGCCACUGUCCCCAGGAGAGAUCCUGGGCUGCACAUCGCCCCGGCUCGCCAAGGACACAGAUGCCAUUGUGUAUUUGGGCGACGGGCGGUUCCACCUGGAGUCCAUCAUGAUUGCCAACCCGGGGAUACCUGCAUACAGGUAUGACCCCUACAGCAAGGUGUUCUCCCAGGAGCACUACAGCCACGAGCGCAUGCACCGCGCUCGGCAGGAUGCCAUCCACGCUGCCGCUGGUGCCCGCUGCUGGGGACUUAUCCUGGGCACACUGGGGCGUCAGGGCUCCCCAAAAAUCUUGCAGCACCUGGAGUCGCGUCUCCGUGCCUUGGGCCGGCCCUACGUGCGGGUGCUGCUGUCCGAGAUCUUCCCCAGCAAGUUGCAGCUCUUCCCAGAUGUGGAUGCGUGGGUGCAGGUAGCCUGUCCCCGGCUCUCCAUUGACUGGGGAGAAGCCUUCAGCAAGCCCCUGCUGACACCCUACGAGGCCGCGGUGGCUCUCCAGGACAUCGAGUGGCAGCAGCCUUAUCCCAUGGACUUCUACGCCAGCCAGUCCCUGGGGCCGUGGACAGCGAACCACGGCGGCACACAGCCCCCGCGCCGCGGCCAGCCGGCACAGGGGAAGCCACCCGCGCCCCCCGCCGCGCCGCAGGAUGGGCAGCAGCCGAGCACCGGAGACCCCGCAGCCUCAUGAGUGCAGCCUUUACCCGGUCCUGCAGCCUCCGCUCUCCGGCAGGGGCGGGGGGGCACCGGCGCUGCCUCCCGCGGGGGUAAAGCACCACCGGGGCAACCCCCCGGUACCUGCGCUGGGAUGGAUGGGGACGUAACCGGAUGGUGUGA